CGCACACACACCGGAAUUCCUGCGAGACGCAAACCAAAAAGACAGCGCAAAUUAACACUAACGAGGAUGAUCUUUCCCCGCGCAUACUCGUUUGUUUACAUUCGCACAUUUCACCGCAAAGACCUCUGGGCCACUAUUCCGUCCGACGCGUUGUAUUGUGGGCAGCAGCCAGUGGUCCUAUGAGCUCGGCGUCUUGCUCCUCCGGUGGAAAAGAUGGCUGCUUCGGCGGCAACGUCGAGCCCUCUCCCCGGUUUAAGCCCAAGUUACGCCGUGAUAUGCUCCUUUCUGGAGCGGUACGGCGCCUUGCUGGAUUUACCGGAGCUCACCUUCACGCAGCUGGAGCGAUAUCUCCAGGACACGUCCUCAGUUCCUAAGCUUCUGGUGGACCUUCACAUGAAACUGCUGAGGAAGAUCGGCAAGUCGGUGUCAGCUGAACGAUGGGAGAAGCAUCUUGUAAAGUUAUGUCAAGAUAUCAACACUACAUGGGCAUGGGAGCUCGAGGAAAACGGAUACAAAGCUAUGUCUGUGGAGUGCAAGACAGCAAUUCUUAAAUAUUUGUGUGAAUGCCAAUUUGAUGACAAUGUUAAGUUCAAGACCGUCAUCAAUGAUGAGGAUCCAGAUAAAAUGCGGUUGCAGCCGAUUGGUCGAGACAAGGACGGCCAGAUGUACUGGUACCAACUGGACCAAGAAAACAACGUGCGCGUCUAUCUGGAGGAGCAGGACGACCUGGACGGGUCCUCUUGGAAGUGUAUUGUCAGAACCAGACAUGACUUGGCCCAGGUUGUAGCUUUGCUCAAGACCCAGAUUGACCCUGAACUGUUGGCCAAAGAGAAAGAGGCUAGUGCUGCAGAAGGAGGGGAGAAAAACGAUGGAGAUGGUUUAAAAAAGUCUGAGGACGUAACAACUGAUGAUGAAGACGCCAAAGACCCAUCGAGCUCCAUCUCACUAAAAACUGAGAGCAGUGAAACACAGCUGCAGAAAGAUGACACAAAAUCUGAAGUACCUGAGGCCAAAUCCCCCCUAAAUGGCCAUUUCAAAGAUGAAUCCGAGCCUGUCGACCAAUCAGACAAAGCUAUUUCAAACACUAGAGUCAUUGUAAAUGAUCAGGCUAUCAAAGAAGAGCCCAUGGAGGUAACGGAGAAUACAAUUAAGGAACCUGUGCCAUUUUCUGAGGUUGUAUGUAUCAAACCAAAAUCUGAACCAGGCGACCAGAUCCGAAGAAAUGCCAUUGAAGAACACCAGCGAUCACUCAAGAAUGACCAGCAGGCCAAAAUCCCUCUGAAAAAAAGAGGGAUGAAACUUAGCGAGGAUUUUGACAGAAACAGUGGGACUAAUAUCAUCACUCAAUGCCCACCCAUUACCAAUUUCAAAGAUGCUGCAAAGGUGGUAGGGACUCCAGGAGAGAAAUUGGGCGAAAAGGAUCAUGUGAAUGGCAACGCCAAUCUCAACAAAGAUUUACAGAGUGAAUCCAGUAGCAAAGACCAACAGCUGGCACAAAGUUUGAGUGUUAGUAAAAUCAUUGAGGACAGAAACAAAGAGGUGACAUCAGCAGAGGACGUUAGACUUGGAGAGAAAAGGCAAGGCUCUACUCUAGACAAUACAUCCACAGAGCAGCAAGGCUCAUCAAGUCAGUUGAGUCUGGUUAAUAAGGUGAUCACUGUUGCUACUGGAGAAAACGUACAGAAUGACAAAUGUCCUCUUAAGUCUUCCUUGCCUCUAACAGAAGGGCCUCCAGCUCCAUCUAAGGAUUUAAAUGUCACACUUUCAAAGUCAUCUGACCACAAAGAGCUUAGCAAUACAGACCAUUCUAAAUCAAUCAAUGUACCAGUAGGUAAAAUGGUUGUAAAUACAGAAACUGACUUGAAUCAUAAAACUGAGUCGUCCUUUGCAGUCUGUUCCAGCGGCCCUCACAAUUCGAAAGAAAAUAUUAUUUCGAAAGACGAGGAUAUGCUGAAGAUGGACUCAAAAAAGGCUGCCAGUGCUGACAUUAAGACAGACAAAUCACAUGAUACAGAAAACCACUACUUAACCACUACGGCAAAAACUUCAGUAGCAACAUCUGAGAAACCUAGUGUCCAAGAAAAGAAGGACACUGAACCUGAGGAGGACCGGAUAAAAGAAGCCAAGUCUCAAAAAAGAAAGCUAAAUGAUGGCACAGAGACCCGUGAUGGCAUUUCAAAAUCAAAGGAGGUAGAGUUGGAAGCUGGUGAUGAUUUAUCAAAGCCAAUGGAGGUAGAUUCCAAGGCUGGUGAUGAUGGGUCAAAGCCAAUGAAGGUAGAUAACAAGGCUGGUGUUGAUGUAUCAAAGUCAGAGACGAGUGCUCCAAUUAAGGCGAAAGAGGGAAGCCAAACUGAAAUGAAAAUGAAGAAGGCAGAUCAAGACAUCAAGAAACCAUUAAAUACGGCAGAAAAUAAAACUAUAUCCAAGCACUCUGAAGAAAAUCGCACACCGUCUGCAGAUAAACAUGAAUCGACGCCGCACCAACCGUCUAAAGUUGACAAAUCCUUGUCUACUUGCAAUCCCCCCCAUGAGGGUGAGAAGGCGACUCUCAAGGAGAGUGAGAAGGCGUCCAGCAAGGAGAGUGAGAAGGCGACUCUCAAGGAGAAUGAGAAGGCGUCCGGGAAGGAGAGUGAGAAGGCGUCCGGGAAGGAGAGUGAGAAGGCGACUCUCAAGGAGAGUGAGAAGGCGUCCAGCAAGGAGAGAGAAAAGGCGACUCUCAAGGAGAGUGAAAAGGCGACUCUCAAGGAGAGUGAGAAGGCGUCCAGCAAGGAGAGUGAGAAGGCGACUCUCAAGGAGAGUGAGAAGGCGUCCAGCAAGGAGAGUGAGAAGGCGUCCAGCAAGGAGAGUGAGAAGGCGUCGCUCAAGCAGAGUGACAAGGCGACUCUCAAGGAGAGUGACAAGGUGGCAAACAAGGGGGGUGAAAAGGCUUCCGCCGAAAAGGGUAAGAUGGUAGUUAGAAAGGAGAGUGACAAAGUGACUAGCAAGGAGAGUGACAAGGUAGUUAGCAAGGAGAGUGACAAGGUGACUAGCAAGGAGAGUGACAAGGCCGCUGGCAAGGAGAGUGACAAGGCCGCUGGCAAGGAGAGUGACAAGGCCGCUGGCAAGCAGAGUGACAAGGUCGCUGGCAAGGAGAGUGACAAGGCGACUAGUAAGGGGGGUGAUAAAGUCGACAGCAAAGAGAGUGAGAAGGCAGCAAGCAAGGGCAACGAGGCUUCCGUCAAAAAGAGUGAGAUGAAAGCUAGCAAGGAGAGUGACAAGCUAACGAGCAAGGAGAGAGAGAAGGCUUCUAGCAAGGACAGUAAGAGUGUCUCCACCAAAGACUGUGAGAAGGCUGUUUCCAAGGAGAGUGAGAAGGCUGUUGCAAAGGAGAGUGAGAAGGCUGUUGCCAAGGAGAGUGAGAAGGCUGUUGCCAAGGAGAGUGAGAAUGCUGUUGCCAAGGAGAGUGAGAAGGCUGUUGCCAAGGAGAGUGAGAAGGCUGUUGCCAAGGAGAGGGAGAAAGCUGUUGCCAAGGAGAGUGACCACAAUGCUAGCAAGGGGGGUGACAAAGGUUCCACCAAAAAUAGUCAGAUGGCAGCUAGCAAGGAGAGUGUGAAUGCCUCCGCCAAAGAGAGUGAGAAGGCAGCUAGCAAGGACUUUGAUAAGAUCGCUAGCAAUGAGAGGGAGAAGGCAGCUAGCAAGGGGGGUGAAAAAGCUUCUGCCAAAAAGAGUGACAAGGUAGCUAGCAAGGAGAGUGACAAUGUAGCUUGCAAGGAGAGUGACAAGGUAGCUAGCAAGGAGAGUGACAAGGUAGCUAGCAAGGACAGUAAGAGUGCCUCCAGCAAAGAUAGUGAGAAGGCUGUUGCCAAGGAGAGUGAGAAGGCUGUUGCCAAGGAGAGUGAGAAGGCUGUUGCCAAGGAGAGUGAGAAGGCUGUUGCCAAGGAGAGUGAGAAGGCUGUGGCCAAGGAGUGUGAGAAGGCUGUUGCCAAGGAGAGUGAGAAGGCUGUGGCCAAGGAGAGUGAGAAGGCUGUGGCCAAGGAGAGUGACCAGUCUACUAGAAAGAAAAAUGACAAGGCGGCUAGCAAAGACAGCGACAAGGAAGCUAGCAAAGAGAGCGACAAGGCUUCCUCCAUGGAGAGUGAGCCGACUGCCAAGAAGAUGACUGACAAGGCUUCCAGCAGGGAGAGUGAAAAGGUUGUUACCAAGGAGAGUGAGCUGACUGCCAAGAAGAUGACUGACAAGGCUUCCAGCAAGGAGAGUGAAAAGGUUGUUACCAAGGAGAGUGAGAAGGUUGUUACCAAGGAGAGUGAGAAGGCUUUUGCCAAGGAGAGUGAGAAGACCUCUUCCAAGGUGAGUGCCCAGACUGUUAGCAAAAAGAGUGAUCAGGUUGCUAGCAAGAAGGGUGAAAAAGCUUUUGCCAAGGAGUAUGAUGAGGCUGCCAGCCAGGAGAUGGACCAGGAUGUGGAUAAAAUCAACCCUGAUAAUGACGGUCGAGGCAAGGAGAGCAAAAAGAGCGCUGCUACAGAGAAGCCUGAUGAAGAAGUUACAACUACCAGCAAGGUUGAUCGACCGGACGGCUCCAAAGCGUUGGACAGCGACCCCCGCAUGGCUAUUGAGGAAGAGGAAUCCGCAAAGCAGAAAGAGGACUCGGACAGCGAACCGCUGCAAAAGGUCAGACGAGGGGGCGCUCGGACGAAAGCCAAGCCUCGUAGACGGGUCAAACACCAGAUUGAGGAGAAACCGGCUGAUUCUGAGUCUGACAGCAACACGAGGCGGUCCCUACGACGGUCGGCCCGGAUCUCCAGACCAACUGAGAAGGUGGUGGAGAGACGGCACACCGAACCCUCGCCUGAGAAGCUUGGAGAUAAGGAGAAAGAGGGGGGAGAAGAAGAAGAGGAAGAGGAUGAGGAGGGGAAGCUGGUUGGUGGUAAACCAAAAGAGAAGAAGGUUGACCAAGAGGGCCAGUCAAAAUCAAAAGGGAGAAAGCGUCGAAAGAUCCAGUGGUCACGGGCGCGGCGCAAAAAGAAAGGCUCCGGGGAUGACGACAGUUCCAAGGGCAGUGGUGAGGCGUCCAGCGAGGAAGAGGAGACGGAGGCGGAGCAAGAAGACAGCGACGAAGACUACAAGGUUGAGCGGGGCAAGAAAAGAAGGAGAGGCAACCGGGAGAGACGGAGCUCCGACUCCUCCACCUCCUCCGAUGACGACCUCCCGCCCAACGAUGACCCCUGCAAGCAAUGUGGUUUGCCCAACCACCCUGAGCUGAUCCUGCUGUGCGACUCCUGCGACAACGGCUACCACACGGCGUGCCUGCGCCCGCCUCUCAUGAUCAUCCCUGAUGGAGAGUGGUUCUGCCCCCCCUGCCAACACAAGCAGCUCUGCGACAAACUAGAAGAGCAGCUGUUGAACCUGGACACUGCAUUGAAGAAGAAAGAACGUGCAGAAAGAAGGAAAGAGCGUUUGGUGUACGUUGGAAUCAGUGUGGAAAACAUAAUCGCACCUUCUGCUGAGGUGGAGGAAGUCAAGGAAGAGCCAAUUAUCAAGGAGAAGAAAGAGGUGAAGCGAAGCAAGAGCUGGGGUCGUAGGUCGACGCGGGCCAAGAAAUCCAUAAGCUACAGGUUUGACGAGUUUGACGAGGCCAUCGAGGAGGCAAUCGAAGAGGACCUCAAAGAAGCCGAGGGUGGAGGGGCCGGCCGGGGCAAGGACAUGGCCAACAUAACGGGCCACAGCCGAGGGAAGGACAUAUCCACCAUCCUGCAGGCGGGGGAGGGCCAGGAGAACGGCCAGCCGCCGCCGCCGCCCAGCACGGGCCAGCGCAGGAAAAAGCGCCGGCGCCUCAACGACCUGGACAGCGACAGCACUGUGGACGAGGAGGAGAGCGAGGACGAGUUCCGCCUCAGCGACAGCUCUGAGGAGGAGGAGUUUGUGGUGACGGACCAGGAGGGCGAGAGCGAGGCCGCCGACUCCCACGACAGUGACUUUGCCAGCGGGGGCGGGCGCCGCAAGGUGGCCCGGCCCCGGAAGGUCCCCAAGCAGAGACGCAGCGCCCGGCGCCGCCGCCGACCCCGUGGCUACUCGGACGAGGAGGAGGAGGAGAGCGACGAGGAUGAAGAGGAGGAAAUCGCGACGGCGGGCUCCAGCGAGUACAGCGACAGCGACCUGGACGUGAGCAUGCGGAGGUCGCGCCGCAGCCUCAAGAGGAAGGUGAACUACCGUGAGACGUCCGAGUCGGACGGCUCCAAGGCCAGCACCAACCGGGACAAGAUGAAGUCCCGCCGGCCGGCGACCAGCUCGGACAGCGACGCGAGCGAAUCGGAGGAGGAAAAGAAGAAGGGGAAGGGCAAGGGCAAGCGGCGGGCCGAGUCCCCGGACGCCCGCUCCCUCAAGCGCCGGCGGCUGGCGGUCAAACGGCGGCGGACAUCGGACGACUCCGACGGGGACUCUGACGACUCGGGAUCCUCGGAGGAAGACCGCCCGGUCCGCAAGCGCGUAAACCGCAUCGCCUCGGACGACUCAGACGAAGAGGAGGAGUCAGUGGGGGCGGAGAAGAAGGCGACGGAGAAGGUGGGCUCGGGGGGGAAGGCGGAGGAGGAGAAGGUGGGCGGAGCGGCAGCGAAGGGGCCCCUCGCCACCGCCCCCUCGUCGGACUACGGCCUGGCCGCUAACGGGCCGGGCCCCGUGAAGGGCCUCGAGGGUCUGGGCCCCCUGGAGCCCAAGACCAUGGCGGCGGCGGGCGCGGCGCCCAACGGCCUGGCCCCCCAGGAGAUGGCGCCACCGGAGGAGGACGAGGACGACCUGUUGGGGGUAACGGACCUGGUGGACUACGUCUGCAAUAGCGAGGACUUGUAAAUCAAGAGUAGAGAGGGAAGGGAACGUAGAGGGGUUGGGGGGAAAGAUGUACUUUUCAUUUUUUUUGUGGUAUUGUAUUUUUAUAUUGCUUAACUUUAUGAACGACGUUCCUCUGUCCGAGGAGCACUGUGCCCCCCCCGUCGGUCCACCCCUCUCCGUAUGAGAUUCCAAACUGCCCCCCCCCCCCCCCCCC